UUCAAUUUGUGUCAGCCCUGUUUGUCCGUGGUGUGUUGUUUUCCUUCUCGUCGCUCUCUGGCCGCAACGCCAUCCACCUUUCCUCACCAUGUCGCUCGUCGGCAACUUUGCCUUUGGCAACACUGACAAGCAGGAGGAGCAUCAUACUGCAACCUCCCAGGUCACCCAUAAUGUCAACAGAGAGCGCUCCGAGUCAGGCCCGGACGUCGCCUCCGACUCCUCCACUCUAUCGCCUGAGAAGCCAGAGCCAGUGUCCCGCGAUGGUGUAGCUGCCACUGACGAGAAGGGUGAGAAGAGGCAGUCCAGCAGUGCCGGGGACGACUCUGAAGACGAGCGGAGAGAAGCUCAAGUCCACCAAUUGGCCCGUCGACUGACCCAGGCCUCAACCUUCUCCGCGAGUGGACAGGACCCUUUCGAACCCGAGCCCAACUCGGCCCUAGAUCCCAAUGGCGAGCAUUUCAGCGCAAGAGCAUGGGCGAGGGCUAUGCUCAAUCUCCACAAGUCGGACGAGAAGGCAGCUCCCAUGAGAACUGCCGGCGUGUCUUUCAAGAACCUCAACGUCCACGGAUUUGGCUCUGCCACCGACUACCAAAAAAGCGUAGGCAAUGUCUUGUUUGAGGGAAUUGGCAUUGUGAAGACCCUCCUGGGACGGUCUAAGCAGCGGAAAAUCGACAUUCUCCAAAACCUGGAUGGCUUGGUCGAGAGCGGGGAGAUGCUUGUCGUCUUGGGCCCGCCUGGAUCUGGAUGUUCCACUUUCCUCAAGACGAUUGCCGGCGAAACUCACGGCUUCGUCGUGGAACCGAACUCCUAUCUCAACUAUCAGGGCAUCAGUGCCAAACACAUGAACCAUGACUUCCGCGGAGAGGCCAUCUACACCGCAGAAGUCGAUGUCCAUUUCCCCAUGCUUACCGUUGGCGACACCCUCACCUUCGCCGCGCGGGCUAGAGCUCCCCGCCACAUUCCCGGCGGAGUCGAUAAACACACUUUUGCCGAGCACAUGCGAGACGUCAUCAUGGCUAUCUUUGGCAUCUCCCACACCAUCAACACACGCGUAGGAAACGAUUAUAUCCGCGGCGUCAGUGGUGGAGAGCGCAAGCGUGUCAGUAUCGCUGAGGCCUCCCUUAGCGGUGCUCCCUUGCAAUGCUGGGACAACAGUACCCGUGGUCUGGACAGUGCCAAUGCCAUCGAGUUCUGUAAGACCCUGCGCAUGGCGACGGACAUCCAAGGCGCCACGGCUUGCGUUGCCAUUUACCAAGCUCCUCAGUCGGCCUAUGAUCAUUUCGAUAAGGUCCUCGUGCUCUACGAGGGACGCCAGAUCUUCUUCGGCCGGACUGGAGAAGCGAAGAAGUAUUUCACGGACAUGGGAUUCAUCUGCCCUGACCGACAAACCACUGCUGAUUUCUUGACCUCCAUGACCAGCCCGUUGGAGCGUGUUGUUCAGCCUGGCUGGGAAGCUCGUGUUCCGAGGACUCCCGACGAGUACGCGCAGCGAUGGAAGGACAGCCAGAACCGAAAAGAGCUCCUCCAGGCCAUCGAACGCUACGACCAGCAGUAUCCAAUUGGAGGCGAGAGCUUCGAGCAAUUCAAGCAGUCGCGACGAGCCACACAGGCCAAGAGACAGCGAGUCACAUCUCCAUACACGCUAUCAUAUGGACAACAAGUCCGUCUCUGCCUUUGGCGAGGCCUUCAAAGACUCAAGGGCGAUCCAAGUCUGACCUUGACCAUGUUAUUCGGCAACUUUAUCUUCGCUCUAAUCAUUGGCAGUGUUUUCUACAACCUGAAACACGACACUGGUAGUUUCUACUCACGGGGCGCCCUCCUUUUCUUUGCCAUCUUGAUGAACGCAUUUGGUAGUGCUCUAGAGAUUCUCACGCUCUAUGCACAACGUCCCAUUGUCGAAAAACACUCCCGAUAUGCCCUCUAUCACCCGUCUUGCGAGGCUUGGGCUUCCAUGCUGACGGACAUGCCGUACAAGAUCCUCAACGCCUUUACUUUCAAUAUGGCUCUCUAUUUCAUGACCAAUCUUCGCAGAGAACCAGGAGCCUUCUUCUUUUUCAUCUUGAUCUCGUUCGUACUCACCUUGGUCAUGUCCAUGCUGUUCCGGACGAUCGCCUCCAUUUCAAGGACUCUAUCUCAAGCCAUGGCUCCCGCAGCCGUUUUGAUCUUGGCCCUGGUCAUCUACACUGGCUUCACGAUUCCAACAAGAUACAUGCUUGGCUGGUCACGAUGGAUCAAUUAUCUGGACCCUGUUGCAUACGGAUUUGAGUCCCUCAUGAUCAACGAGUUCCAUAAUCAGAACUACUCGUGCUCUGUUUUCGUCCCUUCAGGCAAGGGAUACGAAGGCAUCACUCUCACCAACCAGAUCUGCUCUCAGGUGGGAUCGACUCCUGGCUCAGCCACUGUGAAUGGAGACCAUUACAUCAACAGCGCUUUUGGAUACUAUCACGUCCAUAAGUGGAGGAACCUCGGCAUUCUGUUCGUUUUCAUGCUCGGUCUCAUGUGCUGUUAUCUUGCCGCAACCGAAUACAUCACUGCAAAGAAAUCCAAGGGUGAGGUCCUUGUCUUCCGUCGUGGCCAUAAGUUCUUGGAUCAAAAGGGCGGCGAUGCCGAAUCCGCUGAUCCUAGCCGUGCUGUCGUCGCCUCCAAUACCGAGGAUCAUACUGCCAUUAUCGAACGCCAAACUGCCAUCUUCCAGUGGAAGAACGUUUGCUAUGACAUCAAGAUUAAAGGCCAGCCCCGCAGGAUUCUGGACCACGUCGACGGUUGGGUGAAACCAGGUACUCUUACCGCUUUGAUGGGUGUGUCCGGCGCCGGUAAAACCACUCUUUUGGACUGUCUUGCUACUCGUACCACUAUGGGAGUUAUCAGUGGUGAAAUGCUGGUGGACGGCCUACCACGUGACGCCUCAUUCCAACGUAAGACCGGCUACGUCCAGCAACAAGAUCUACAUCUUUCCACGUCAACGGUUCGGGAGGCCCUUAACUUCAGCGCUCUGCUUCGCCAGCCUGCUCAUGUUCCCCGCCAGGAAAAGUUGGAUUACGUGGAAGAGGUUAUCAAGCUUUUGGAAAUGCAAGACUACGCUGAUGCAGUUGUCGGUGUUCCUGGUGAAGGGCUCAACGUCGAACAGCGCAAGCGAUUGACAAUUGGUGUCGAAUUGGCUGCCAAGCCCGCUCUCCUUCUAUUCCUCGAUGAGCCAACAUCCGGCUUAGACAGUCAAACUUCUUGGGCUAUCCUGGAUCUUCUGGACAAGUUGACCAGGAACGGACAAGCUAUUCUCUGCACCAUUCAUCAGCCAUCUGCUAUGUUGUUCCAACGUUUCGACCGAUUACUAUUCCUUGCUAGGGGCGGCAAGACCGUCUACUUUGGCGACAUUGGCGAAAACUCUAAGACUCUGAGCAACUAUUUCGAGAGGAACGGUGCCCACCCCUGUCCCAUCGAGGCCAAUCCGGCUGAAUGGAUGCUCGAAGUUAUUGGCGCUGCUCCAGGAACCACGACCGAGAUUGACUGGCCCGAAGUUUGGCGCAACAGCCCCGAAAUCGAAGAGGUCCAUGAGGAACUAGCUGCACUCAAAGAAGAAAGGCCUGCUGCGACAGCUCUCCAGCGCACCGCUUCUGCUGCUUCUCGGAAGAGGAAGGAGGAACAGGCAGCUUACCGGGAGUUUGCCGCACCAUUCGGCGCACAGAUGAAGGAGGUCACGGUCCGAGUCUUCCAGCAGUACUGGCGCACGCCUUCCUACAUCUACGCGAAGUUCGCCCUGUGUUUUUUUUCCGCCUUAUUCAUCGGUUUCUCGUUCUUCAAGGCCCGCAACAGUAUUCAAGGCCUGCAGAACCAAAUGUUCUCCAUCUUCAUGUUGAUGACAAUUUUCGGCAACUUGGUACAACAGAUCAUGCCGCACUUCGUCACGCAACGUGCGCUUUACGAAGUUCGAGAGAGGCCGUCCAAGGCCUACUCCUGGAAGGCGUUCAUGUUGUCCAACAUCAUCGUGGAGCUGCCUUGGAACGGUCUUAUGGCCAUUGUCAUCUUCUUCUGCUGGUACUAUCCCAUCGGUCUUUACCGGAACGCCGAGCCUACCGACUCGGUUCACGAGCGUGGAGCCCUCAUGUUCCUCUUCAUUCUUACCUUCCUUCUCUUUACCAGCACUUUCACGCAUAUGUGUAUCGCUGGUAUCGAGACUGCUGAGGCGGGAGGAAAUAUUGCGAACAUGGUCUUCUCGUUUACUCUCAUCUUCUGCGGUGUCCUAGCAACCCCAUCGGCUCUCCCUGGCUUCUGGAUCUUCAUGUACCGCGUGUCCCCAUUCACCUACCUAAUCUCAGGCAUGCUCUCUACUGCCGUCGCCAACACAGAGGUCAUAUGCGCUUCAAACGAAUUCCUCAAGUUCAACCCUACCACCGGACAGUGUUGGGAAUUCAUGGCACCCUACAUUAACACCAUGGGUGGCAAGCUCCAAAACCCCAACGCUACUGAGGCUUGCAGCUACUGCCAGAUUUCAGACACCAACGUCUUCCUUGCGAGUGUGGUCAGCUACUGGGACCAGGCGUGGCGCAACUUUGGCAUCAUGUGGGCGUACAUCAUCUUCAACGUCUUUGCGGCCUUAGCUUUCUACUGGCUUCUUCGUGUGCCAAGAGUGAAGAAGGAAGAGACUGAAGCAGCGCCCGACCCAACUCUAGAGCCAGUCAAGAGCCGAGGCAGCAUGAUAAGGCAACGCACCCAGAGCUUCAGCAGGCAGAAGACGAGGGAGUCGCACAAGGCUGAGUUGCACAAGGCUGACCAGUAGCGCGAAACGUAGUGAUGGUCGAUACGGCCUUUCUAAUUAUGUAUAGGAUUUCAAAGCGAGCGGUUGGUACGUUGCUAUGCUGGGAUAGAUGGGUUUGAUUUUGAUUGCAUAGGCCCGUCUUUCUGUAUCUGCUUUGACUAGGACGGUCUGGCGCUGGAUAUCUUUUGCUAAGACCCCUGCUGGGACACUAAUUCCUUUUUUUUUUGUUGUCGAAAAGCGGCAUC